CAUGAACCUUCUGUUUCCUUCUCAAAACCGUGUGCUUCCCGCUGCUUGAUUCCUUCAAAACCGACGUCGCCUUCUCCUUCAGGUCUCAUAGUCAAACCCCCCUACAUAAGCACCAAUUGCGCCAUUUUUCCCAGGUUUCAUUGAGAAAAAGGCCAUUUUUACACCACAAAACCUACAACUCUAUAUUUCGCCGGAAAAAAUAUAGGGGGGAAGGAAAAAUGUGCAGGGGGUUUCUGGAAAACGGGCCGGAUUGUUUAAAGCUCAGAGCUUUCUACAUCCAUUUGUCGGUCUCGACGGCCAAGAAAGCUUUACCGCAUUCGUUGACGCUGCACUACCUGCCGCGGAUAGACGGGGGCGCUUUGGAGAUAAACGGGUCCAAGAUCCGGGCCGACGCGCCCGGGUUCGUGACGCUCCACCGCGUUGUGGCGGCGGACGCGGCGGUGACGGGGGCGGUGUACGGGAGCAGGGACAGGGUGAAGGCGAGCGAAGGGGCGAGGUUCGAGAUAUACGCCGGAGAUUCCUCCAGGCUGGUGAAAGGCGUUUUCAGGAAAGACUGGGCGGAGGAGAAUUGGAAACUGGACUGCGAGUGCGUGGUGGCCGGAGAAGACGAUUGUCUGGGAAUCAAAGCGGCGGAGGUGUGCGUGGCGGUGGAGGGAUACGCGCCGGAGCUGAUCACCCAGAAAGUGGAAAUGCUGCCGCCGCGACGGCUGCGGCGGCGGAGGUGUUAUCAGGGGUUGGAAGAAAUCCCCGAGGGAAGAGAAACUGAAACAGAGUCCGAACCGUGUUGCUGUCACUGCUGCGACGAGGGAGAGAAGGAGAUGGACGGCGGAGCUUGUAAGGCGACGGAGGCGGUGGGGUGGGCGGUGGACAUGGGAAUAUGGAUGGUGUGUUUAGGAGUAGGAUAUUUCGUUAGCAGAGCUUCCUACAAGAGUUUGAGAAGAAGACUCAUUCCAUAGUUACCAUUGUAUUUUAAUAGCAGAGUUCAAUAGUUAUUGUA